UUAGCAAAUAUGAUAGUUGAUAAAGAACUUGCACUAAGGUUUUAUAACAAUGAACAUAUUUCUACCAAUCUUGAUCCUGGUUAUAAACUUAACACUAUAUCUUUUUCUCAAAGUAGUUCGAUAAUACUUUUGAAGAAAGAACAAGAUGACUUGUUCAGUAUUAGUCACUAG